AUGAUCGAAAAAGCCUCCAGCAUCGCCCCACCAUCCAUCCAAGAUGCCGAAAAGUCUUCAUCCAAAUCUUCGAAAGGAUCCCCAGACCACGAAAAGCCUCCGUCGGGGUUGCCAAAUGGAUUUGAAACCACAACACCACGAGCGCAAGAAGGCCCCGAACCGCCACCAAACGGCGGCUACGGCUGGAUCGUCACAUUCUGCGUUGCCCUAAUCAACGCCCAUACCUGGGGCAUCAACUCCUCCUACGGCGUCUUCCUAGCCUACUACCUCUCCAACUCUUUGUAUCCCUCGGCCACGCCUCUCAAAUUCGCCAUCAUCGGCGGCAUUUCCAUAUCCACAGCCAUGUUCAUCUCCCCCUUAGCCACACUCUCAACACGGUACUUCGGCACGCACAAAACGCUAAUCUUCGGAAUCGUUUUCGAGGCCGGGGGGUUGAUAGGCGCCAGUUUCGCAAGCACCAUUUGGCAGUUAGCCCUAUCCCAGGGCCUCGCUUUCGGCGUCGGAAUGGGCUUCCUCUUCGUCGCCUCGGUGGGCAUACCACCGCAAUGGUUCACCACGCGCCGCAGCCUCUCCAACGGCAUCGCUGCCUCCGGGUCCGGGUUCGGCGGUCUAUUGUAUUCCCUUGCCACGGGCGCCAUGCUGCGCUCCCCGUCCAUUGGACUGAAAUGGUGUUUCCGCAUCCUGGGCCUAUUGGCUUUGGUGGUAAACACAAUCUGCACGCUCUUGAUCCGCGAUAGGAACAAAAUCAUCGGGAGGCGGCAUAAAGCGUUUGAUUUGAAGCUUUUCAGACGCCCCGAAUACCCUCUCCUCAACGGCUACGGAUCUUUCUCCAUGCUGGGCUACAUCGCGCUGGUCUUCUCGCUCGCCGACUACGCGAAGAGGAUCGGCUUGAGCGCUUCGCAGGCCUCGGUCGUCACUUCGGUAUUGAAUCUCGGUCAAGGGUUAGGAAGGCCGCCAACGGGCUACUUCUCGGAUGGGGUGGGGAGAAUCAACAUGGCUGCACUGACCACUUUCUUCUGCGCGGUCAUGGCGUUUGCCGUAUGGGUCCCCGCGAAGAGCUAUGGCGUGUUGAUUUUCUAUGCCUUGGUGGGUGGGACGGUGACGGGGACGUUUUGGGCUACCAUCGGACCCGUGGCUGUCGAGGUGGUUGGGCUUCAGGAUCUUCCCUCCGCUUUGAACCUCGAAUGGCUGGUUAUCGUCUUACCGUGCACGUUCAGCGAGCCGAUUUCUCUCGAGUUGGUCAAGUUCACGGGAGGGUAUUUGAGCAGUCAGCUAUUUAUUGGGUUUAGUUAUGCGGCGGCUGCAUUGUGCGUGGUCUUUCUUAGGGGAUGGAAGAUUGGGGAGGUUGAGUAUGUAGGUAAUGGGGGUGAUGCAGGGGUUGAGGAUGUUGGUUUGGAGUCGAUGGAGGAUAGGGCGAGGGCGGCCGGGAGACUGACAAUUUGGAAGCAUUUCUGGAGGUGGAGGAAGGUGUGA